ACCUACUACCAUGAGUGUGAAUUCAAAUCCUCUCUUCACAGACUUUCGGUAAACUUGAUUUGGAAGAUUUGCAAACCCCACAUAUCCUUCAAGGUUCUUCUACUCACCCAUGGCGCUGGCCGGCGGCGGUGGUGUCGCUGCCGCUGCUGACGCUGGGCUCCGGCUGGCUGGCCGUCCCCCCUGCCUGCUCCCUCAGCCGCGGCGGCACCGAGCGGGCCGCCCCCUCCUCCCCGCGCGCCUCCCGCCAGCCAACCCGGCGGCCGCCGCGGCGAUUCUCCAACGCCCCCUACGCCGAUUCCGCCGAGGGGCCGCGGCCCUUCCGCACAGCGCCUACGCGCGCCCGCUCUGGCGGCCGGACGGAUUUAGCGGCUCGGCCCGGCUCCGCUCCCCCCGCCGCCGCCGCCUGCUGCUGCUGCUGCUGCUCCUCCUCUUUCGCCUUCGCCGCCUCCGCCCCGCACACGCUCGCUCCCUGCCCGCCUCCCCGAGCACGCAGCAGCGGCGGCGGCUUCCGGCUCGGCCCCUCGGCUCGGCGUGGAACUCGCCGCGGCCCCCACGUCCGUACCCCUACUCCUCCCAGCCCGGGAUCUGUUAUUUCCUCCCGCUCCCUGUCAGAGAAAAAAGGGACCGCUCGGCAGCCAUUUUGAAACCGGGCACGCCCAGGAGCGCGAAAUCCCCGCAGCGGCCGCCGGGGUUUGCCCGCAACAAAGAUGGCCGCCGGCUCGGCCGGGCUGAGCGAGGCCGUCACAACGCCCCCUCCUUUCUCCGGAGCUAUUCUCGGAGCGCCGCUACGCCGCACGCGCCUUGCGGAGUGCAGUGAGCGCUGCAGAGCCUUACGCUCCCUUCGCCCGUCCGCUCACGCAGUUGGCGUGGGAGAGGCCGGCAGGAGAGGGGCAUCUGGGGCCGGAGAGAGGGGCCGGGUGCGGGACCCCACCCGCAGCCCCUGGGCCGCCUUUGGGCUGGGGUCGCUGGGGCGAGGCGGGACGCCCUUAUCCCAGGGGAAGCGCUCGGGCUGCAGCACUGCGGCUGGCGGGCAGGCGUCCGUCCCUUUGCCUCCCGGCUCCGCCCGCCCUCCCGCAUGGCUGAGGGGGCCCCGCCGCGGCGGCUCGGCGCCGGGCUUUCCCCCCGUCCCUCCGUGGCCCCGGCGUGCCCGCCCCCGAGCGAGGCGGUUGGGUCCCAUUCACAACCGCUGUCUCACCGGCGGAGCCUCUCCCCGCUGCGGGGCACGGCGGCCCGCACUGCCGGGGCGAAGGGAACGGGGCCCUCCUCCCCAGGGGCUCUGGGUGGCCUUCCUGGCAGGUGUGGGCUUUGCGGCGGGGAGGUGAAGGCGCUACCGAGCCGCUCGUUUCCCCGCCAACGGGCCUGAAGCCUGGCCUUUCUUGCCAUCAGCAAGUGAUAAUCGGAUGCCCAUGGCCACCCAAAUGAACGAGAACUCUUUUAAAAAAUAAAAUAUCGUUGGCAGGCGCCAGGUAAAAUCCUUCUAGGAAGCCCAAGGGGUGCUCACAGGCCCUGGGAGCCACGCUGAGGAGCCCGACCACUUGGGCAGGUCUAGUGUGGCCCCGAGACCCUGAACAGGCUCCUCGGGAUGUUGCUGCCAGCGGGGGUGGAGGUCUGCUGACACUGGAAAAGGAUGGCCUCCAAGAGAGGCAGAACAACAACUUUUGCUUUUCCGAUUCCAAUACAGCUCUCCACAUAGUAUUUCCUUUUUAUGUUUGGGGCAGGUAUCUUUGGAGCCCUUUAAACUCUUGAGUUAUUUUAUGCCCCAGCUGAAGUACUGGAGACCUGUAUUUAUGAUGUGCGAUUUGAAACUUUACAUACUUUCUUUUCUGUUAGGGAUUUCCGAGUGUGGCCUGUUCCUUGCCUUUUCUUUCACAUAAGCCAUGGUGUAUUUUUCUAUUAGGGAAAGGUACUUGGCAAAGAGGCAACGUUAUAUGAAUUUAUUGUUUAUUAUAUCAUUUGGUUUUGCUGUUAUGAAGAGUACAUUUUAAGAGCGUGCCCCGGUACUAGAAAGAUGAAAAUAGCAAUUUUCAUUUCAGCAGCAAAAGGGAAACUUUCAGUAUUGCAUAUUUCUGUAGGUAGAGUCACAGCAAGGCAGACAGGAGCAACAAUGAAGAUGCUAAGAUUGUCCUUGUCUCUCAUUGAUUCCCAUCCAAUUCUGUCUUGUCUAACAUCUGAUUUUCUUCUUUUGGGUGUGUUUGGUAAAGAAAUAGUUUUUUAUGACAAGGAAAAUGCAUCAUCUUUUCAGGAAGGUAUGCAGCUCUGCACAAUGUGGUUCAGCGCUGUUUAAGAACUGGAAGUGUUACAAUAUACUGUGGUUCUUGGAUGCCCAAGGGAAAGAGAUUUUUAUUAUCAUUGGUCACAGGACUGCCAAAUAUUAUCUCAUAAAUCUGUGUCUUUCACAAUGGGUGAGGUAAGAAAUAACCUUUUUUUUUCAUUCUGGUUGGUUUAGGUGGUAAUGUCCAUGGCAAUGAGAUAUAGUUACAUUGCUUUCGUGGUUAUUUGAAUACCAAAAAAGAGACAUUUUACACCACAGAAGUUGUUCACUGAAUACAAAACACAGUCCCCGCAGCUUUCCCAUAAAAAUACAUUGUGGGAAAACAAACAAUACGAAAAAUACUUGUUUUCUGUCUUGUAGUAAGGGCUUCAAAUUACUCAGAAACAUUUAUCUUGGUUUUCGGAUACGUGUUGUUGAGAAAAUAGUAUGUAACUGAUGGGGAUAUCUUCAAAAAGGGAAUGAAGCCUUUACUUCAUGGAUUGAUCACUGAAAAAAACAAAAGUGAGCUUGCAUCUUUGAAAUUACUGCAAAACUGGCACAGGCUUGAUGAGGAAGCAAGAUGCAAGCCAGUGGGUUUUA